UUCUUAGCCAGAAAUGGAGGAACGCAAUAAAAAAAUACAAGAAGUCAAGAAAAUGCUUCAAGAACAGAAGAUAGAAGCUGACCAAAAGUUGACUCCUGAGAACUUGCCAAAUCUAACCUAUUCAGAGAUAGUAGAGUACAACAGAAAGAAUAAAAUUGGAACCUUCAUGGAUAAGGAAUGGCAAGUCCAUAUGGACAAGUACCAAAACCCUCUUGAGAACCAAUCACUAACAAAAUAAAGAAAAAUUAAUAAAUGGAUAUUACUCCUUCCCAAACCUCUCUAGGAUGGUAACGAAAAGAAUAAAGACUGCCCAACAAGACUUUGAGUUCUUGCAACAAUUCUUAAAAAGUAAAGACAAUAAAUUCUUAACUCUGGAGGAUCAAGACCAAGAGGACUUAACAGAUGAUAAACAGAUAGAAGACAGAUUAAUUUUCAAGAAGAUAGUUUCCAAAGCUAACUUCUAUGUUUACAGUUACACACUCUUGUUUUAUUCCUCAUCGAUACUAUUGUUCCUCAGAACUACAUUUAGCAAUACUAUGAAGCUGCACGCGAAAAUAGUUUUCGCCCCUUUUAUAUUCUUUAUUGGGGGACUUUUGUCGACCAAUUCAACAAGCAUUGCCUUGAUACUAAAUGCUCGAAGAAUCAUGAAGCCUCUCAAAGAAAAGCCAGACUCAGAUCUUGGAAAACAGUAUGCCGAACAUGUUGAAUCAAAGAAAGAUAUCUAUUAUGAAUAA